UGGAAAGGUAGAAGGCCAGCCCAAUGGUGACACAAUCCCAGCUGAGCAAGCCAACCCUUCAGAUGACACUGUUGCUGGUGCUGGGAGUCGUCAGAAUGAUCAGAUAGUGCAGAAAAUAGAGGAAGUGCUCUCUGGAGCCCUUGAUACAGAGCUGCAGUGCAAAUCAGAUGUAGACAAAAAUACUGUGAAAAAUAGUACUCAGUCUACAAAAAGAAGCUCUACUGGUGAAGAUGAAAUUCCUAGGAAGAAAUCAAAGAAGAACAAGAAACACAAAAGCAAGAAGAAGAAGAAAAAGAAGAAGAAAAGGAAGAAAGAGAAAAAGCAUAAAAAGCAGCCAAAGGAGGCAAAGUUGAGUGCGCGUCAUGGAGAACAGGCAGAACUGUCCUUAAAAGCAAGUGAGGAGCUUGGUAGACAAGCUUUAGGACUUGUUUCUCAUUCAGGAACUGAUUCUCAGCAAUCUUCAGAAAAUCUUGGAGGUGAGAAGGGGACUUUGUGUGCAACAAAUCCUCCAUUUAAUUUAGAAGGCAGUCAGUCUGAUAUCCAAGAAAAUGCUAGUAUAACUCAAAGUAAAUUUUGCACUACAGAAGAACAAAUUCAACAGUCGCACGAAAGUAUUUAUCCUAUAGCUACUAAUGCAAGUGAAAAGGGUGUUCUUGUUGAUACUGGAAGUUAUGCUUCAUCCAGCAUCCUAUCUGGAGUUGCUGGUAAAUCUGAAAUUCCGGAAGAUUCAGCAGCAACUCUAGCUUCAAAGGUAGUAGAAGCUCUUAAAGGCACUGAGGAAGUAAGAAGUUUAGAUAGAGCUCUUGAACCUGAGACUGUGGAGGUGUUGAAAUACUCAGAAGCAUCUCUGCAGUCUGGGACACCGGGGGAAGCAAAAGGGUUAGGAGUAACUUCAGAAUCUGUGUCUUUGGCAAGUGAUGUGACAACAAUUCCUAAAUCUGCAAACCAGGCAGGUCUGAAUACUGUGAAGGUAGCUCACAUGUCUGUGGCCAUGGAAGAAGUGAGAAUUCCAGAAGCAACUGAAAAAUAUCUACAUAUGGGAAAUGUGCAAAAUGUGGAAAGAUCUUUGGAAUUAAGUGUGAACAGAACUUUGGAACCAGCCCCAAAGCCCUCAGUUAUAUCUGAUAAUUUGAGAGUGAUGCAUUGCAGCCCCGCGGAGGGUUCAAGUGUCUUGAAGGCAGAUAUAUCCUUGCAGCACCCACAUCAAAUGUCUACAGCGACUGCUGUGACCCAGGUGGAAGUACAAAGUGCCAAAAUACACCUGGGACCAGAAGCUGAAACAAAAGUGAAGGAUAUUGAACCAGCUAGAAUCUCUGUGCAUGUGGAAAAUGUGAAAGCUUUGGAAGAAACUCUGCAGUCAGUUGCUGUGGUAAAGCCCAAAACUUUGGAAACGAUUAUGGAACCUGUGGGUGUUUUAGGAAAACAUGUCAAAGCAACUGAAGAAUGUCAGCAAGUUGAAGUAGUCAAAGAUGUGGAAGGUACCACUGUUCCUGCAAGAGUACAGAGUGCAUCGGGAGUAUUCCUACAACCUAAAGUCUGGACAGAAAUAAGAAGUGUGGACAGAACCCAGGAAUCUGCACUUGGUUUAAGAGCAACUUUAGAACCUGUAAUGAUUGCACAGAACUUGACAGAGGGUUUUAAAGGUCCACAGGCAGCUGCGGAAGUUGGAGCGCUGAGAGGAAUAAAAAGUCAAGAAACAAGUCAAGCCAUUCUACAACUUGAAAAUACUUCAAAAAUUUCACAGUCUACUCUUAAGCCUGUAGCUGUCACAGAGGCAAAAGAUUCAGAAGGUUCUUCAUUGCUGAGACCGCCAGAGGAGCAGAAAGAAGUGAGAUCGGAAACAACUUUCCUCUCGUUGCACAGAGAAGAUGUGAAAGGUCCAAGUAUGAGAGAUUUAGGAGACUCGGCUUCUCUAGGUAUGGCAAAGAUACAGGCUUUGGAAGAAGCCAGAAUGGCUACCAGAGUCUUGGAAGCAAGUUCAGGCCUUCUUGCAUUACAAGAAAGGUCAGAAAGGACACCGGAAUCUAUGAUUGCACGUGUGAGCGUGCAACCAGUUAGAGAGUCUGAAGCUUUAAUGGGAAAGGUGCAUUUGAAAACCACAGCAGAGGGAGAACCAAAACAUACAGAAACAGUUGCAGAACCUCCUGGUGCAAGCACAACAAAAAAUUCCAUCAUUUCACAGUCUCAGGUCAUGACACGAACCUUACAAACUGAGGUGGUAGGGGAGACAAAGAAAUCCGAACUAGCUACCUGUUCUGCCACUGUAGAAGUGAGAGGUUUACACAACUUGUCGGAAGUUGGGGCAGCUGCAGAGGUGAAAGAUGUAGAAGCAAGAUCGAAAGCUUCACACUUAUCAGAGAUGAAAAAUACGCAAAUGUUUGUGGGAUCUGAAACAGGGACAUUGACAGCUGAGGUAUUUAGAGAAAUAAGGCAUCCUGAAGCUGCUCCAGAAGAUCCAAACAAAACAAAGGCAGGGAGCAAAGAAGCAGUACUAGAAUCUCUGCAAGCAGGGACAGUGCAAACUUUAGAAACAAGUUCAAAAUCUGUGCAGGAGCAAAUAGUAGGUAAAGAAGCAGUAUUGGAGUCUUUGUCCAGAGUGGAAGAGAAAACUGUGGCAUCAGAUGUAGUGACAGAAACACAAAACUUGCAAGGAACAUCAGAAUCUAAGAUUUUGACAGAUGUGAGAACUCAGGGACCUACUGUAGAGUAUAUAAUUGCAACUAGAAGGACAAGCACAAACAGAAAUGAGCACUUGCUUACCGAUUUAAAAGAUUUGGAAGAAGCUUCAGAAACAGAGAAAGCAAUGAAAGCAAAAUACUUGGAGCCAGCAUCAGAAGCUAGAGAAGCAAUGUUGCUGGAAAGUAUGAAAGAGUCUGCCACAACAGAGUUGCAAGGUUCUGAAACAGUCAAAGAGCCUGAGGUACACAUGAAUGUCCAAGGUUUGGAAGCUUCUCAAAAACUUGGAGAUGUGGGAGCAAUGAAUAUUUUAGAGGACGCUUCAAAAGCUAUUCCAGAGUCUUUGCACACUGAAAAGCAAGAACAUCUGCAAGCAGCUCUAGAAGCAAAACCUGCUGCAGAAUGGAUGAGUAGAGAAGAGGCUCCAGAAAUCUCGAGCACUGCUGAAAUUAAAUCUGGAGCGGUUCCACAACCAGACGACAUAAAAGAUCAGGAAACAACACUGGAACGUGAAGUGGCAUUAGAAGUACAGUACGCUGAAGGGGUGCAAGGUCAACAAAUGGAGGAUGUGAGAGUUCCAGGUCAAGCUCAGGAAUGCGAGAUGCUAGUAGAGAAGGAAGAUACAGAUGAAACUCGAGCAUCCGAACCUUUAAUCGCAGAAACAGUUUUUAGUUCAUUGCAUGAAGCAGGUGAACAAGAUUUGGCAGGGACUCAAUCUGAAAUAAUCAGAGGCACAAAAGACUUGGAAGCCACUCCAGCUUAUGUGGAAGAGAUGAAAGAUGUGGGAACAGCUCCUCUUCCCGAGACGGUUGUAGAGCUGAAAGAUGCAGAAGCAGCCUUAGGGUUGGAGGCAGAAACAAAAGAUUUGGAAGCAGCUGCAAUACCUGAGGCUGUUGCAGAAGCAGGUCCGGCACUUGUGGCAGAGGCAAGCCAGUCAGAAGUCAUUCCACAGGCUGAGUCUGUCAGAGAAGUAACUCCAGAGCAGGAGUCAGAGAAGAGAGAUUCAGAAACAUCUGAUGUGCAGCCUGAUGUGGCGGCACGAAUGAGAGAGACUCUGAUGAGACUUGAGAAAGUUGAAAAAAGUAGUCAUAGAAGCAGCGAUAAAAAACAUGAUGCAAAGAAACAAAAAAGGAGUCGCUCCAAGUCUCAGUCCAGGUCUAGGAAACGGAAGAAAAAAUCAAGGUCGCGUUCUACUUCCAGGCGUUUGACCUCUAAAAGAGCACGUUCUAGGAGCAGGAACUACUCAGAUUCCAGAAAAAAGCAUUCCAAAUCUAGAUCCCGAUCUGUGGAGAAGAGAGAGAGAAGAGUGUCUUCCCGGAGGUCCAGGCGCAGACGUUCCAGGUCGUCUGACCGUUACAGGUCUAAAUCCAGAUCAGCAGAAAAGAGAGAGAGCAGAUUGUCCUCUGGGAGGUCCAGACGCAGACGUUCCAGGUCGUCUGACCACUACAGGUCUAAAUCCAGAUCGGCAGAAAAGCGACUGUCCUCCCGAAGGUCCCGACGAAGACGUUCCAGGUCAUCUGACCGUUACAGAUCUAAAUCCCGCUCAGUGGAAAAGCGACUGUCCUCUCGAAGGUCUGGACGCAGACGUUCCAGGUCAUCUGACCGCUACAGGUCUAAGUCCCGCUCAGUGGAGAAGCGACUGUCCUCCCGAAGGUCUGGACGCAGACGUUCAAGGUCUUCUGACCGCUACAGAUCUAAGUCCCGCUCAGUGGAAAAACUGUCCUCCCGAAGAUCUGGGCGCAGACGUUCCAGGUCAUCCGACCGCUACAGAUCUAAGUCCAGGUCAGCGGAAAAACUGUCCUCCCGAAGGUCUGGACGCAGACGUUCCAGGUCAUCUGACCGCUACAGGUCUAAAUCACGGUCGGUGGAAAAGAGGGGGAGCAGGCUGUCCUCCUGGAGAUCCCGCCGCAGACAUUCCAGGUCCUCUGACCGUUCUAAAUCUAGAUCCAGAUCUUCAGAAAAGAGAGGGGGCAAAGAAUACUCAUGGAGAUUCAGACAUAGAGGGUCCGGUUCCUCUGAUCGUUCAAAAUCUAGGUCAAGAUCUGUUGAGAAGAGGGGUCGGAAGGCAUCUGUACGGAGGUCUAAACGUCAGCGCUCAAAGUCCUCUGACCGUUACAAGUCUAGAUCCAGAUCAGUAGAAAAAAGAGAUCGAAAGCAGGCAUCGCGGAAGUCUAAGCGCCAGCGCUCAAAGUCGUCUGACCGUUACAAGUCUAGAUCCAAAUCGGUGGAAAAAAAGAAGGAGUCCUCACGAAAAUCUAAGCGUCGCCGCUCAAAGUCUUCUGAACGUUACAAGUCUAGGUCAAGGUCUGUUGAAAAAAAGCGCAAGGAAUCUUCAAAAAAAUCCAAACGUAAACGUUCCAAGUCGUCUGAUAGUGUUAAGUCAAGGUCCAAAUCUACAGAAAAAAGCAAGUUAUCCUCAGCAAAGUGCAGUACCAAGCAUGUGGAGUCUUCUGAACUUCAGGAGUCAUCCAAAUGUCUUGAUAAAGUUCCUGAACCUUCUUUUGCAAGUGAAGGCAGCUCCUCCAAAUCCUCUAAUGGUCCCAUGUCAGUAGCUUUAUCUGAUGACAGAGUAAAUGGACCAGAGCUUCCUCCAACGUCUGAAAGUGGAUCUUCCAAAACCUUUGAUAGUCUCGAGAAAUACUCCUUGUCUGUUGAAGAAACAGUGAGUCUGCAGCCUUCUGUGACAUCUGAAUUUGAUAGCUCUAAACCACAAGAUGACCAGGAAUUGAGAUCCAUGUCUGUGGAACAAACACAGGUUUCAGAGCUCUCAGUGACAUCUGAAAAUGGGUCAGCUGAAGAAGCAGUGACUCUGGAGCCUUCAUUGCUACCUGAACUUACAAAUUCCACUUGCAAGUCGAGAUCUCCAUCUGUUGAAAAAAGGGGAGAUCCAGAGACCUAUUCAGGAACAGAAUUUCACCUCUCUGCAUCCCAUGAAGGUGAAUCGAGGUCUACCUCUCUCAGAGAAAUAGAGGGUCCAGAACCUUUUCUGACACUUGAAAGUAGAUCCUCUGUAUCUUCUGAUGAUUACAAGAUAAUCUCCUCAUCCUCUGGAAAAACAGAGGUUCAGGAGUCUUCUCUGAUGUCUGGAAGUGUACUCUCUGACUUGUCUCAUGGUCAUGAAUUGAAAAAAACAGAGCUUCAGAAUUUUUUACAAGCACCUGAAAGUGAAUCUUCCAAGUUAGAUGACAGCUCUGAGUUGAGGUCUUUUCAAGAGGACCAGAUGCAGGAGCCUGCUCUGGCUUCUGACAGCGGAUCCUUCAGGUCACCUGUUGAAAAAGUCAGAGCUCCAGAUGUUUCCCUGACGUGUGGUCCUGUUGAGAUAUCGCAUGACCUCAUUUCAGCAUCAUCUUUUGAAAGAAAGCAGGACGUUGUGCUGACAAUUGUAGGACAAAGCUGCAAGUCUUCUGAAGUUCAUGAGUCUAGCUCAUCUGUUGACAGAGCUUUAGAUGGUCCAGUGCUUUCACAAGUACUUGAAAUUGACUGCGUGUCUGAAAUGCAUGAAUCGAGAUACCUGCCUGCUGGAAAAAUAGAGGGUACAGAAUCUUUAUUAAUUUCUAGAAGUGGAAUUCCUGUGUGCCAUGAUGGCCAUAAAUCAAAACACAACUACUUUGAGAAAACAGAAGGUGCAGAACUGUUGGCCUCUGAGCUUAGGCGUUCUGUCUUCCCUGAUGGCUGUGAAUUGACAUCCACUGCAGCUGAAAAACAGAAGCCUCUUGUCUCGGUGGAAAGUGGAUUCUCCAAGUCUACUGAUGUUUGUGAAUUAGUAAGCACACCUGCUGAAAAACUGCAGGCCACAGUGACUUCUCUGACAUCUGAAGGUGGCCUCUUCCUCUUGCAUGAUAAUCAUGAAUUGAAGCCCAUCCCUGCUGAAAGAGUAGAGGUGCAAAACUCAUCUGAAGUGAAGUGCAUUGUAUCCUCUGAUGGCCACAAAUUGAUAUCUGCCGAUGAUGAACAACUACAGGUGCAGGAGCCGCCUCUGGUACCGGAAGGCAGAUGUUCUGUUUCUUCUGAUAGUUGCGAGCUGACAUCCACUCCUUUUGAAAAAGCUGAGGUAGAGCAGCCUUCUCAAAUGUGUGAAAAUGAAUACACAACAGGGCAUGAUGGCCCAGAGUUGACAUCAUCCCCUGCUGAAAAAACAGAGCUGCGACGACUUCAUCAGAUGUCUGAAGAAAGAUGUUUGGUGUCAAUUGAGAGCCAGGAGUUGCGAUCACUCUCUGCUGAAAAGAUAGAAGCGCAAGAGCCUGCUCUGACAUCUGAAAAUGAAUAUGCUGUGUCUUGGGACAACCGGGAGGUGAGUUCUAGCUCUCCUGAAAAGGUUGAGAUGCAGGAGGCUUCUGUAGUACCUGACAGUGAAUAUGCUGUGUCUUCUGAAGAUCAUGAAUUGCAAUCUUCCCUUGCCGAAAAAGCAGAUGUACAGGAGAGUUCUAUGCAGUCUAAAAAUGAGUAUGUUUUAUCUCCUGAGGGUGAGGAGGUGACAGCCAGCCUUGCUGAAAAAGAUGUGCAGGAGUCUUCUCUGACAUACGACAGUGAGUAUGCUGUCUUCCGUGAAGGCCAAGAGUUAGAAUCUGCCCUUGCUGAAAAAGCAGUUGUACAGGAGUCUUCAUUAGUACAAUACAGUCAAUAUAUUGCAUCUCCCAAAGGGCAGGAGUUUCCCUCUGCUCUUAAUGAAAAAACAGAGGUGCAGGAGUGUGCUUUGCUGUCUGAAAAUGAGUAUGACAUAUCCCCUGAAAGCCGUGAUUUGAGAGCCAGCCCUGUUGAAAAAGAAGAAAUGGAAGCGCGUUCUGAAACAUCUGAAAGUGAAAGUUCGAUGUCCAGUGAUAGCCAGGAGUUGCAGUCUGCUGUUGCUGGAAAAACAGAGGUACAGGAGUUGUCUCUGUCUGAAGGUGAAUGUACCAUGUCUCCUGAAGCUCAGGAGUUGCAGUCUAGCCCUACUGAAAAAGAAGAGGCUAAGGAAACUUCUCUGACAUCUGAAAAUGAACGUGCUCUGUCCCCUGAAGUGUAUGAAUCAAGAUUGACUCAUGCUGAGAGAACAGAGGAUAUGGAUUCUUUGACAUCUGAAAAUGACCAUACUUUGUCUUUUAAGAGCCAGGAGGUAAGAUUCACACAUAUUCAAAACACGUGUGUGCAGGAGUUUUCCCCAGCACCUGAAAAUGAACGUGCAGCAUCCCCUGAUGGCCAGGAGUUGAGUUUCCCUACUGUUGCAAGGGUAGAUGUUGUUGAAUCUUUGAUGCUAAAUGAUAGAGCCUCCCUGUCCCAUGAGGACAAUGACAUGAAAUCUGUCCCUGUUGAAAAAAUGGAUGAUGCAAUGCCUUUAAUGCCUGAAGGUGGAUGUUCCAUGUCUCCUGAUGGCUACAGUGUGAAAUCUGGCCCUGGCGAAGAAACCGGGGAUCAAGAUUCCUCUUUGGUAUCUGAACGUAGACAUUCCACAUCUUCAUAUCAGGAAGGUCAUGACCUGAAAUCUCCCAUGGAGGAAGAAGGUCUAGAGUCCUCUUUGACUUCUGAACAUAGACGAUCUGUGUCCCCUGAGGGCCAUGACCAGAGAUCUGUAGAUGAAGAAAUGGAAGAUCGAGAGCCCUCUUUAACAUCUGAACAUAGGCGCUCCACAUCCCCUGAUGAGCAUGAGUCAAGGUCUAGCAUUGGUGAAGAAGCAGAAUAUCUGGAGCAGCCUUUGACAACAGAACGUAGAUCCUCUGUGUCUUCUGAUGAGCAUGAGUCAAGAUCUACUGCUGGGGAAGAGGGAGAGGAUGCAGAACCCUCUUUGACUGAACGAAGAGACUCCACGUCAUCUGAUGAGCGUGAGUCGAGAUCUACGACUGGUGAUGAGAUAGAAGAUGGGGAACCUUCUUUGACAGCUGAACGUAGACACUCCACGUCCUCUGAUGACCGUGAGUCAAGAUCUACAGCUGGUGAAGAAGUAGAGGAUUUGGAACCUUCUCUGACAGCUGAAGAUAGACGCUCCAUGUCUCCUGAUGGACGUGAGUCAAGGUCAACCACUGGUGAAGAAGCAGAGUACCAGGAGCAUUCUUUGACAACUGAACGUAGACACUCCACAUCCUCAGAUGAACAUGAGUCAAGGUCCACCGCUGGUGAAGAUGCAGAGGAUAUGGAACCCUCCACAGCUGAACGAAGAGAUUCCACAUCAUCAGAUGAGCAUGAGUCAACUGGUGAAGAAGUAGAGGAUAUGGAACCCUCUUUGACAACUGAACACAGGCGUUCCCCAUCCCCUGAUGGGCGUGAAUCGAGGUCUACUACUGGUGAAGAAGCAGAUGAUAUGGAACCCUCCUUGACAGCUGAACGAAGAGACUCCACAUCGUCAGAUGAUCGUGAAUCGAGGUCUACAACAGGUGAAGAGGGUGAUGAUGUGGAGCCCUCUUUGGCGGAUGAAGAUAAGCAGGAUUCCAUGCUUCAUGAGAGGCUGGAGGAACAGGACUCUAACUUCAUAUCUGAAAGCAGGCGUUCUGAGUCCUCAGAACGUGAAAAAUCUAGAUCCAAAUCUAUUGAUAAAAUAUCUGACAAAGAGUCUUCACGAAGAUCUAUAAGCAGACACUCAAAAUCACCUCUCCAAAAGAGUCGAUCCACAUCUGUUGAAAAAGUGGCAGAUGAGUCUUCACAGAGAUCUAGACGUAGACGUUCCAGGUCUGCUGCUCGUCAAAAGAGUAGAUCCACAUCUGUUGAAAAAACAGCAGACAAAGAAUCUUCACGGAGGUCUAGACGUAGACGUUCCAGGUCUGCUGCUCACCAAAGGAGUCUUUCCAAAUCUGUUGACAAAACAGCAGACAAAGAAUCUUCACGGAGGUCUAGAAGCAGACGAUCCAGGUCUUCUCAGCGCAGAUCUCAGAGAUAUGACACUGAAUCUCGCUCUAGACGAAAUCGCUCCAGAUCGGUAACUCGGAGAAGAACAUCGAGAUCAAAAUCUAAUCGUCGCUCUCGGUCCAGCUCAUUGUCACGUUCAAGGCACAGAAGGAGGAGUAGGUCAAGGUCAGCAUCAAGAAGGCGACGUUCCUUAUCACGAGAGAGGCGUAAGAGAUCUCAGAGAAAUAGAUCAAGAUCUGCUGACAGAAGAAGAAGAAGAUCAGAUUCAAGAGAUCGUAGAAUAUCGCUCAGGUUACGGAGCAGGAGUAGAACACCUAUUCGUCAGAGGCGAUCAAGGUCAAGAGGAAGAAGACGGAGCUCUAGUAGGUCACCAAUUCGACUACGGCGAUCAAGAUCUUCAGGGAGGAGAAGAUACAGCAGAUCACCUGAUCGUCGCAGGUCGAGGUCAUCAGAACGAUUUUCAAGCAGGUCACCUAAACGUCUUACAGACUUGGACAAAGCCCAGCUACUUGAAAUAGCCAAAGCUAAUGCAGCCGCCAUGUGUGCUAAGUCUGGUGUUCCGUUACCACCAAGCCUGAUGCCUUUGUUAUCUCAAAAGAAAGACGACAAAGCCAGUCAGAAGUCAUCCAGAGAUACUCUAAAGGAGCUCACUGAGAAAUGCAAGAAGAUUGCUCAAAGCACUGAUGAUGUGAUAGUGAACAAACCUCAUGUUUCUGAUGAAGAGGAGGAGGAACGUCCUUUCUAUAAUCAUCCUUUUAAGCUCAGUGAACCCAAACCUAUAUUUUUCAAUUUAAGUACUCCCAGCAUAAAACCAGCACCACCACCACAACCAAAAAAUCAAGUCAGCCUGUCAAAGGAAUUUCCUGUUUCAUCUGGGUCUCAACAUAGGAAAAAGGAGGCAGAUAGUGUCUAUGGAGAAUGGGUUCCAGUUGAAAAAGGCAAAGAAGAUAGCAAGGAUGAUGUUUUCCCCAAACCAGCCAUUGAGUGUGUGGACAUAACUACAGCUAUGAAUGAUCGAGCCAUCGCUCAGAAAAGGCUUAAUGAGAACACAUUUGAUUUAGAGGCGAUGUGCAUGUUAAAUCGUGCACAGGAGCAGAUUGAUGCCUGGGCUCAAUCAAACUCCAUACCUGGCCAGUUCACAGGAAGUACUGGAGCGCAGAUACUGUCCUCGGAUGAGCUGACCAACAGUGGUCCCCAAGCAUGGAUUAGAAAGGAUCAGUUCUUAAGAGCAGCCCCUGUAACUGGAGGAAUGGGAGCUCAACUGAUGAGAAAAAUGGGCUGGAGAGAAGGAGAAGGCCUUGGAAAGAACAAAGAAGGCAGCGUUGAGCCCAUUAUGGUCGACUUUAAGACGGAUCGAAAAGGGCUUGUUGCUGUGGGAGAGAAGGCACAAAAGAGAUCUGGACAUUAUGUUGUGAUGAAGGAUCUUUCAGGUAAACAUCCGGUUUCUGCGUUGAUGGAGAUCUGUAACAAAAGAAGAUGGUCACCACCUGAGUUUGUGUUGGUGGAUGAUAGUGGGCCUGAUCAUCGCAAACAUUUUAUCUUCAAGGUGAGAGUCAAUGGAAACGAAUACAGGCCCACUUUUGCCAGCCUUAAUAAGAAGCAUGCUAAAGCCACAGCAGCAACUGCGGCUCUCCAAGCGAUGGGACUUGUACCAAAGGAAAGCAUGGUUAAUACCACCAUGUUUAGGAGUGCCUCACACCGCUAGAUAUUGUUUUUUAUAUUGACAUUAUUUCAGAUAAUUAAACUCUGCACAAGAAUAAAAAAAGAAGAAAAAUGGUAUUUGCCCUUUCAUGUUGUAAAUACAUUGGCAAUUCCCACGUUGUAAAAACUGUACAGACACCUUCAGGUUUUUCUUUUGUACCAUCAAAAUGUAUUUAAAUCAUACUUAGUUUUUGGUAUGUUUAUAUUGUUUACAUUAGUGAUGUAAUUAUUUCUUAAAUGACUAAAUCAGACGACAGACUCUGGAGGCAUCAGUAAUCUAAACCCUUGUUUGAAAACUCAUACAGUUUCUCUUCAAUACGGAAUGUUAACACUUUCAUACUGUUUUGUACUAUGCUGCAGUUUUCCCUGGUCUCGGUAAAGCUGCUCGCGCGCUUUUGCCGACAGCCGGUACAGAGUGCCGCAGCUUUCCUUAGUCUAGUUGAGGCUGGUGUGUACCGCCGGACAGGUACCGGGCCAGCGCCGCAACCCCCGCGAGAAGACACGC